AUGUGCCAACACGAGAUCGCAAGCAAUGGCUGGACCAGCGUGCCAGUUGACGCAGGCGUGAUAUUUGGCGAUAGGCCCUUCAUCAACGAACCCGAAAGCCUCUCAAUCAGUGAAGUCAGAUUCCCCUCUGAUGAUCCCAUCGCGGCAAAAACUUUCGACUAUGCGAAAAAGGUUUUGCAUCCGGCAGCUUUCAAUCACUCAAUGAGGGUUUAUUAUUAUGGUAUGGUAAUCGCCAAACAACAGUUCCCCGAGAAGGCUGCCACCCUUAGCCCAGUGACCUGGGCACUGACAUGCCUCUUACACGACCUCGGCACGGCAGAAGAAAACCUAACAGCAACACGAAUGUCAUUUGAUCUAUAUGGAGGUAUCAAAGCUCUACAGGUUCUGAAGGAAUUUGGUGCCACUGUCGAUCAGGCCGAAGCAGCUGCGGAGGCAAUCAUUCGCCAUCAGGAUCUGGGAGUUGAUGGUACCAUCACGUUCAUCGGCCAACUGAUUCAGCUGGCAACGAUCUACGACAAUACCGGCGCUCAUCCACAUGUCCAGGACAUUGGAAAAAUGAUCCAUGGCACCACCCGUGCCCAGAUCAACAACGCCUACCCACGCCAACAAUGGUGCUCGGUCUUUGCUGAUACCCUUCGGAAGGAAAUUUCAAUCAAACCGUGGUGCCAUUCAACCCACAUUGUCAAUUUCGAUAAGUUGAUUGAGGCCAACACGCUAAUGAAGGAAUGGGAAUAG